CGAGACAGCCCAGCCACACCACUCGCUCCUGCGCUGUGAGCCUGAGACGACCGUGUCUCUUCUACCACCACCUACCUCUCUCAGCUCAGCACACUCCUAAGCUUCCUCCGCUGCGAUCGAAGCCGGCCAUGGCGAAGCUCUCCCCCUGCCUGCUCCUCGUCGUCUUCGGCGCCGUGGCGUGCGCGUCGGCGGCGGCGGCCGUCGUCACGGAGGUGGUGGCGCGGGACCCGGAGGACAAGUGCGUGUACACGGUGUACGUGCGGACGGGGUCCAUCUGGAAGGGUGGGACGGACUCCAAGAUCGGGGUGACGCUGGUGGGCGCCGACGGGUCGGGCAUCCGGAUCCCGGACCUGGAGGGGUGGGGCGGCCUCAUGGGCGCCGGCCACGACUACUACGAGCGGGGCAACCUCGACAUCUUCAGCGGCCGGGGGCCCUGCAUGCGCGCCGCGCCCUGCGCCAUGAACCUCACCUCCGACGGCACCGGCCCGCACCACGGCUGGUACUGCAACUACGUCGAGGUCACGUCCACGGGGCCGCACCUGGGAUGCGCACAGCAGCUCUUCACCGUCGAGCAGUGGCUCGCCACCGACGCCCCGCCCUACCGCCUCUACAAGACCGUCGACAAGUGCCACGAGAAGCGCUCGGCGGCGGCUACUGCCGGGGACGACGUCGAGGCCGCUGCCACCGCGCUGUAGGCCGAAGCUCCCCUGGCUUAAUUAAUUCAUCAGCUGCUGCCCUGUGCCGCUGUGCGGAUGUGCCCCGGGCGGCAUGUAAUAAUUGUGCAGGCGUGCCUGAUCUCGUCGGAUCGCGUUCGUGCAUCCUGUGGAGGUUUCUCCGCCUCCUUUUCCUACGACCAGAUGGAUCUCUGAGAAUAAACCCAGCUAGCCACCGUUUCUUCAGGCUCCCAUUGCUGCCUCUGUGCUGCGUUGUCGAUGGCCGAUGGGAGUUCGUGUUUGACUCGCGGCUGAGGUUAGUUGUGUGUCUGCGUCAGAUCAUUUGCCUUUGAUGCGGUCUCGUGCCACUUGGCGUUGAUUU